CCGCGCUUUAAAAGUAGUACUUCCUUCAGCAACACUCCACGCAGCGGUCACAACUCACACGCACCAUUUUGUGGAUUAAUUCACCAAAUAUUUUAUGUUCAGAUCAACUGUAAUCCCUAAUCUCCGAUCGUCCAAGCAUCGGAAAAACUGUUGAGCUUACUAUUUUUGGAGCAAAAUGGCGGAGGAGAAGGACGCCACGUCGGUGCCUCUGAGUCAAACUGCUCGCGAGGAAGAAGGAGAAGGGCGAGAUCCGGAAGACCCUUCAAAAUCUCCUCAAAAUCCUCCACAUUCUUCCACUCGUAGCGCUUGCUGUUUUGUUCUUCAAAGCUGGGUUUCAAAAAAGUUUAUGACCGGAUGUGUUGUCCUAUUUCCCGUGGCCGUUACGUUCUUUGUGACCUGGUGGUUUAUUCAAUUUGUUGAUGGUUUCUUCAGCCCUCUAUAUGCUCAACUGGGCAUAGACAUAUUUGGACUUGGAUUCGUGACAUCAUUGGUUUUCGUGUUCCUUGUCGGCGUAUUUGUUUCAUCAUGGUUGGGUGCGACAGUUUUCUGGGUUGGAGAAUGGUUUAUAAAGCGAAUGCCAUUUGUUAGGCAUCUUUACUCAGCCUCGAAGCAAAUUAGUUCCGCAAUUUCUCCUGACCAAAAUAAUACUGCAUUUAAGGAAGUGGCCAUCAUACAGCACCCCCGUGUUGGUGAAUAUGCAUUUGGCUUUAUCACUUCAUCAGUUGUUCUUCAGAGAAACGACGGGGAUGAGGAACUAUGCAGUGUUUUUGUCCCGACAAAUCAUUUGUACAUUGGUGAUAUAUUCCUUGUUAAUUCAAAGGAUAUUAUCAGACCCAAUCUAUCCAUUCGUGAAGGGAUAGAAAUCAUUGUCUCUGGAGGUAUGACAAUGCCACAAAAAAUCACGCCAAUUUCCCCAAUCGAAAGAAUUGUUGCUCGACAAGGCGAAAGAAUUCCCCUAAGUAGGCUAGUCUAAAGCUGAAAGAAUUGUGUUGUCACUAAGAACGAAAAAAACGAUCAAUACCUUGUUGACGAUUUUACUAUAUAUAUUUUGUUGUGAAGUUGGAAGUUAAAAUCACAUAUAUAUUCUAUUUGUUACUUUGUGCUUGAAGCCUGUUGCAUUAGUUCCAUCAUUAAACAAAUUGUUGAAUGUGUGUUCCUUUGUUAUACCAUGCAUAAUUAAUAAUAUGAAUGAAUAUAUGAAGUGUUCCUUCUUGGAU